AUGAACGCGCCGAAUCGAUAUGAGCUAUUCGUUCUGGAAGAGGGCGAAAGGCCCGUUGAGGUAACUGAGGACACGAAGAUCCCGAACGCUGCUACCAUCAAAAUCCUCAAGCAGGACCACACGCUGGGCAACAUGAUUCGCGCCCAAUUACUCUCGAUGCCACAAGUCCUCUUCGCCGGCUACAAAGUACCGCACCCGCUACAGCCGCAUUUCCUUAUCAAAGUGCAGACGGAUGGGUCCGUCACGCCUGCGGUGAUUCUGGAGCAGGCGUGCACGAAGCUCAUCGGCACGCUUGCGUCGCUCGAGACGAAGUUCAAGCGGGAGUUUACGUUCCGAGACGUGGACGGCGCCGUCGCGGAGGACGCGUAUGGCACCGUUACGACGGGAGGUGCGGGGUGGACCGAAGGCAGGGACUAUCUGGACUUCUAG